AUGGUUUCCCAAGUGAGCGAAGCCGAAGAUAAUAUUGUUGUGGAGGACUUGCGAGAUUUCUCUUACGGUCCUUUGCAUUUCUCACGUGUGGACGCUGUGGCUUCAACGAUUAUGCGAGGGCGUGAUAGCGGCAUCUCCUCGUACAACGUACUCAGAAAGAAAUUCAAUUUACCGGAAAAGGAGUGGAGUACGAUCAACCCGCAGCUGUACGAAACCAACAAAAUCGUAGGUCUCAUUUCCUAG